AUGCCAUACCCAGCCAGAGCUAUAAAAGAGAAGCAGGAAGAGGAGUACCAGAAGUUUCUAAAUCAUAUCAAGACUCUUCAAAUUAACAUACCCUUCAUUGAAGCCGUCAUGCAAAUGCCCAAAUAUGCAAAGUUCCUUAAAGAACUUCUCACUAAUAGAAGGACGAUGGAAGAAGUGAAGAAGGUAGUCCUCAAUGAAAACUGCUUAGUUGCUAUGCUAAAUAAGCUACCAAAGAAGAAGGGUGACCCGGGGAGUUUAACUUUACCUUGCCAAUUUGGCAACUUGGCUGCUAUUCAUGCCUUAGCUGAUUCGGGAGCAAGUGUGAACCUAAUGCCAUACUCAUUCUUUAAGAAGCUGGAUCUCUCGGAGCCAACGCCAAUUCGCAUGGCCAUUCACUUGGCAAACAAGACAGUCACCUUCCCAAGAGGCAUAUGCGAAGACUUACUAGUCAAGAUGGACAAAUUCGUCUUUCCUGCUGAUUUCAUCAUACUAGACAUGGAGGCGGAUCCACAAGUUCCAAUCAUCCUUGGAAGGCCCUUCCUCAACACGGCAAGUACUAUAGUAGACAUGAGGGACUCGAAGCUCACCUUGCGGAUAGGAUAA